AUGGCCCGCGCAGCCAUUGUCCCGGUACCGUGCACCUCGAAGGAGCUGUGUCGCGGCGGCGGCAUCGCCCGACAGGCAGCAGGCCGCGGCCUGGUGGCGCCCGCCGUCGCUGCCGACCACCGCUACCCCAAGGAUGUGAUCCAGGGGUUCCCCCGGGUGGUGGAUGGCGACACCCUGGACUUUAGCGGCACCCGCGUGCGCCUGUUUGGCAUAGACGCCCCCGAGACCAAGCAGAGCUGCAAGGCAGCCAAGGGUGCUGAGUACUUGUGCGGCGAGCGGUCCAAGCAGGAGCUGCUCGCUAAGAUCGGCAAGGCCUCGAAGAACCGGGACAAGUAUGGGCGGGUGGUGGGGAUCUGCUCGCUGGCAAAGGCCGGCAGCGAGCGGGAGGAUCUGAAUGCCUGGAUGGUGCAGCAGGGGCUGGCGGUGGCCUACAGGCAGUACAGCAAGGCGUAUGUGCCGCUGGAGGAGCAGGCGCGCGCGGCGGGCAAGGGCAUAUGGUCGGGCAGCUUCGAGCUGCCGCAGCAGUGGCGGGUGGACAACCCGCGCGGCAAGAAGGCGCCGGCGCCGGCGCCGGCCGCCGCCGCCGCUGUCGUCGCGGCCGCGCCCCAGGCUGCCGCCGCGGUGCCCGUUGCGGCAGGGGGCUGCGCCAUCAAGGGCAACAUCACGGCCAAGGGAGAGAAGAUCUACCACGUGCCAGGCGGCGCUUUCUACCAGCGCACCAUGAUCGAGGAGGGCAAGGGCGAGCGCUUCUUCUGCACGCCGGCAGAGGCGGAGGCCGCGGGCUGGCGCCCCUCCCGCUCCUAG